AAAUCCAUGGCGGCAUCAUCUCAAGCAAGCCUCCUCCUUCAAAAACAACUUAAAGAUCUUUGUAAGAACCCCGUUGCUGGGUUCUCGGCUGGCUUGGUGGAUGAGACUAAUAUAUAUGAAUGGAGUGUUACAAUUAUUGGACCACCAGAUACUCUUUAGUAUGUGCCUUUAGCUCUUUAAUUUGCUUCAUGAUUUUGUUUCAAGAGUUUAUUUUAUUUUAUUUUAUAUGUGGGUUUUGUUUCAAUUCGGAUGUUGUGUUUGAUGAGAUGGGAUCAACUGCUAAGAUUAGUGAGGGGGGAUUUUUCAAUGCCAUUAUGAGCUUUCCAUCAAAUUAUCCUAAUAGCCCUCCUACAGUGAAGUUUACCACAGAGAUUUGGCAUCCUAAUGUAUAUCCUGAUGGGCGUGUUUGCAUAUCAAUUCUUCAUCCUCCGGGCGAUGACCCUAACGGCUAUGAGCUUGCUAGUGAGCGCUGGAUGCCUGUCCAUACUGUUGAAAGUAUUGUUUUGAGUAUCAUAUCAAUGCUUUCCAGUCCUAAUGACGAAUCUCCUGCAAAUGUUGAAGCCGCUUGUUUCAGAUGGUAUUUAGUUCUUUCUUCAGCAAAAGCAGAUGAUGCUGUUAGGGGAGUGUUUUUCAUGGAACUUCAGAAGAAACUUGCCAUUUUAAAAACGUUUGAUGAAGCCAUUUUGAGCAGUUUAUUCUCUGAUCCAUAAAUUUAGAAGCUUGCUUCUUCUUAACUGUGAGCCUUAACGGAAUUUUUGUUGUUUUAGAGGAGUAUUAUUAAUGAUUCUUUAUAACGUUGGGUUUUCAAUUGGGAUUUCUUCCAAGCUACGUCUUCAUGAUGCCUUGUUAUGUGCUCCUACUAUGCACUUUAUUUUAACAGUAUUUUCUUUUUCAAGUAUGUAUCCAUUGGUUCUUUUUGCUUC